AUGGCUCUCGGUCGCCCUGAUGCCAAGAGCAUCCCGCUGCGGAAGCAGCAGAGACCGCCACGAGGAAGCAGCGAUGAAGAAGCAGCUUUCCCUGUCGGUGGUGAUCCUGCUGGUCGCGAUGACGCCGACCACGACGAUGACAGCGACGGACAUGCUGUCUCGAUGAAUAAUCCUGAUGCCGUCGAGCAUUGGCGUCUGGACGAUCUCUCUGCGUCGGAUCUCAGUGAUGACGACGACAACGAAAUGACCGCUGCGCUGAAGAACUGGAAGAAAAAAGGAAAAAUCACCAACGUCCGGACCGGUACGACGCUGCUCAGGGCGUUGUAUCAGAGACAUCGCCUCUGUUUGCUCAUGACUGCUGUUCUGUUGCUCGUCUUUCUCCCGUUGAUCGUUUUUGGAUCGCGCAUGCGCGACUGGGUUUGGGAGAAGCACAGUAAGGAAUGGGAAUCUCCUCCUUGGUACCCUUCCCCCCGCGGUGGAACGACCGAACGGUGGGAAUACAGCUAUCUCAAAGCCCAGGCGCUGGUCGAACGGAUGAGUCUGGUAGAAAAAGUCAACGUCACGACCGGCGUCGGCUGGCAGAUGGGGCUCUGUGUUGGCAAUACAGGCCCGGCACUCCUCGCCGGAUUCCCUUCUCUCUGUCUGCAGGAUGGCCCGCUGGGCUUGCGCUUUGCCGACAACAUCACCGCUUUCCCCGCCGGAAUCACGACUGGGGCCACGUGGAACCGCGAUCUCAUGCUGCAGCGCGGCUUCGCGCUAGGCAACGAGGCUCGCGGGAAAGGCGUCAAUGUCAUCCUGGGCCCGGCGAUGGGCCCUCUGGGCAUGAUGCCCGCCGGAGGACGCAAUUGGGAAGGCUUCGGGUCGGACCCCGUUCUCAGCGGAGUGGCUGCCGCCCAGACGAUCCGCGGCAUUCAGCGGAACGGCGUCAUGGCCACCGCGAAGCACUACGUGAUGAAUGAGCAGGAACAUUUCCGACAGGCCGGCGAAUGGGGUCUCCCCAACGCCCUGUCGUCCAACAUCGACGACCGCGCCCUACGAGAAGUGUUCGUUUGGCCAUUUGCGGAAAGCGUCCGCGCGAAUGUGGCCAGCAUCAUGUGUUCGUAUCAAAUGGUCAACAACUCCUACGCUUGCGGGAACAGCAAGCUGUUAAACGGCAUCCUUAAGGACGAACUGGGCUUCCAGGGCUUUGUCCAGUCCGACUGGCUGGCCCAGCGGUCCGGAGUGAUCAGUGCACUUGCUGGCCUUGAUAUGUCGAUGCCCGGCGAUGGUCUUGUCUGGGCGGAUGGAGAGUCCCUGUGGGGAAAACAGCUCACAAUUGCUGUUCUCAACGAGACCUUGCCUUUGGAGCGGCUGAACGACAUGGUCACUCGGAUUGUUGCGGCUUGGUAUCAGCUGCGACAGGAUACCUGGCCAAUGCCUCCGCCGUGGGACGACGGAGGCCCCAACUUUUCCUCCUGGACGGACGAGCCAUAUGGCCAUCUAUACGAGGGAAGUGGCGAGAACGCCACUGGCCUGGUUAACCACUAUGUCGACGUGCAGGGCAAGGGGAAACAGGCUCACAGCAUCGUUGCCCGCCAGGUUGCGGCCGAAGGAACGGUGCUGGUGAAGAAUGUCGACAACAUCUUGCCGCUGCCGCGAGAAGGUCCAGGACUUGGGCGGACAUAUCGCGUCGGUAUAUACGGCGAAGACGCCGGUCCUGGCCAAGGCCCCAAUGCCUGUCCGGACCGAGCCUGCAACCAAGGGACACUGGCGUCUGGCUGGGGGAGCGGCGCCGUCGAUUUCCCGUAUCUGGUCACUCCGUGGGAGGCGCUGGAGUCCGCUUGGGAUUCGGAUGAUGUCGAGGUCGCGAGCUACCUGACGAAUGAUGUUGCGGAUCAAGACCUCGUUGACCGGGAUCUAUGCAUUGUCUUUGCCAAUGCGGAUUCCGGGGAAGGGUUUGCGUCGAGCGAUGGGAUCCGUGGCGAUCGGAACGACCUCUUCCUGCAGAAGGGCGGCGACGCGCUGGUGCAAAAGGUCGCGGAUCGAUGUGGCAACGGGGUCGGGGAGACGAUCGUGGUGAUCCAUGCCGUCGGGCCGGUGAUUAUGGAGUCGUGGAUCGAUCAUCCGCGGGUGAAAGCGGUUUUGCUGGCUCAUCUUCCGGGCGAAGAGAGCGGCAAUGCGCUGGUCGACGUCUUGUUUGGCGAGGUGGACGCCAGCGGACGGCUGCCUUAUACGAUUGGGAAGAGCCUGGCGGAUUACGGACCGGGCGCACAGGUGCUCUACAAGCCCAAUGCGGAGGUUCCGCAGGUCAAUUUCACGGAUGGUCUUUACAUCGACUACCGGCAUUUCGACAGGUACAACAUCGCGCCUCGCUAUGAGUUUGGGUUUGGGCUGUCUUAUACGUCCUUUGAGUUCAGCAACCUCCAGGUGACCCCAGUGCAGGAGAAAUCGCCCCUGCCGUCACCGCGGACGAAGCAAAUAGUGGCACCUCCGCUCUACGACGAGGAGCUGCCGGAUGCGCAAGAGGCACUCUUUCCGGAGGGGUUUCGACCGCUUCACAAGUACGUCUAUCCGUACAUCUCGGAUGUGUCCGAAGUUCGGAAGGGACGAUUCGAGUAUCCAGAUGGGUAUGAGGAGGAGCAGGAGCCGUCGCCGGCGGGCGGCGGCGAGGGCGGGAAUCCGUCGUUGUAUGAGACGUUUGUGCAGACGACGGUGGACGUGACGAACACGGGACGGCGGACCGGGCAGGCCGUGGUCCAGCUGUAUGUAUCGUUUCCGCAGGACGUGGUCGACCGGGACGAGGAGGGGACGUACGCGGAUCGUAUUGAAUUCCCGGUGCGGGUGCUGCGCAAUUUCACCAAGGUGACGGUCGAGCCGGGCGAGACGGUGCAGGUGGCGCUGUCGCUGAGCAGGAAGGAUCUGAGUUACUGGAGCACGCGCAAGCAGAACUGGGUGAUGCCGGUGGACGGGCGGUUCCGGAUCUGGGUGGGCAGAAGCUCGCGCGAUUUGCCUUUGGUUGGGGAGUAUUAG